AUGGCUGCGAUUGCCAUUGCUGGUCUGGUGCUUCUGUGCAUCUAUCUGGGUGUGCGUAUAGUGCCGCAGUCAGAAAAGCAUGUGGUUGAACGGUUCGGCCGGCUCAGAGUGGUUUUAGGCCCCGGCAUUAACCUGAUUGUGCCUUUUCUGGACAGGGUGGCGCAUCAGGUAUCGAUUCUGGAACGUCAGUUGCCCACGGCCAGUCAGGAUGCCAUCACGGUGGACAACGUUCUGGUAAAAGUGGAUACCAGCGUUUUUUAUCGCAUUUUAGAACCUGAAAAAACCGUUUAUCGGAUACGUGAUGUGGAUGGCGCUAUUGCCACAACCGUUGCAGGUAUUGUGCGUGCGGAAAUUGGCACCAUGGAACUGGAUCAGGUGCAAUCGAACCGAUCUGAGCUUAUCGACACGAUAAAAUCCAGUGUGGAAGAAGCGGUGGAUGAUUGGGGAAUCGAAGUCACCCGUGCAGAAAUUCUGGAUGUGAAUCUGGAUCAGGCGACCCGGGAAGCCAUGUUGCAGCAGCUCAAUGCUGAACGGGAACGUCGUGCUCAGGUCACCCGGGCGGAGGGCUCAAAGCGGGCAGUUGAGCUCAACGCUGAUGCAGAGCUUUAUGCCGCUGAACAAACCGCUAAAGCGCGUCGGAUUGAGGCAGAUGCCGAAGCCUAUGCGACAGGGGUUGUUGCGCAAGCCAUUCAAAGCAACGGCCUGGAAGCUGCCCAGUACCAGGUGGCCCUGAAACAGGUUGAAGCUCUGGUUGCCCUGGGCAGUAGGGCGUUCGUGAUGUGGGCGCUGUGGUGGGUCUGGGUGAUUGCCGGCGUGCUGCUGGCGAUUGUUGAAGUGCUGGUGCCCGGCUAUAUAUUUUUGGGCUUUGCCAUUGGCGCCGCCCUGACAGGUUUGCUCCUGCUGGUGGGCGGCUCCCUGGUGCUUUCGCUGCCACUACUCGUGCUGGUGUUUGCGCUGCUCUCCCUGGCCAGCUGGAUCCUGCUGCGGCGUUGGGUCGGCGUACGCAAAGGCCAGGUCAAAGUCUGGGACAGCGAUAUUAACGACCCUUAA